GAUGACCCCCACAAGACGCCCGCCUCCCCGGUGGUCCACAUCCGCGGGCUGAUCGAUGGCGUCGUGGAGGCCGACCUCGUGGAGGCCCUGCAGGAGUUUGGCCCCAUCAGCUACGUGGUGGUGAUGCCCAAGAAGAGACAAGCCUUGGUGGAGUUUGAGGACAUCCUCGGCGCCUGUAACGCUGUUAAUUACGCAGCGGACAACCAGAUCUACAUCGCUGGUCACCCCGCCUUCGUUAACUACUCCACCAGCCAGAAGAUAUCUCGCCCUGGGGACACGGAUGAUUCUAGGGGUGUCAACAACGUCCUGCUCUUCACUAUUCUCAACCCCAUCUACUCUAUCACGACGGACGUGCUCUACACCAUCUGCAACCCCUGCGGCCCGGUGCAGAGGAUCGUUAUCUUCAGGAAAAACGGUGUCCAGGCCAUGGUGGAGUUUGACUCGGUGCAGAGCGCCCAGCGAGCCAAGGCGUCCCUCAACGGGGCCGACAUUUACUCGGGGUGCUGCACGCUGAAGAUCGAAUACGCCAAGCCCACGCGCCUGAACGUCUUCAAGAACGACCAGGAUACCUGGGACUACACCAACCCCAACCUCAGCGGACAAGGUGCGAAGUUCAUGAAGAGCAAGCCGGGGGCGGCCAUGGUGCAGAUGGAGGAAGGCUCCGCAGCGGAACGCUACAAGGACUUCAGCGGCUCCCGCAACAACCGCUUCUCCACCCCCGAGCAGGCGGCCAAGAACAGGAUCCAGCACCCCAGCAACGUCCUCCACUUCUUCAACGCGCCCUUGGAGGUGACCGAGGACAACUUCUACGAG